UCAGUUUACAUUAUUUUAUUUAUCCACAAAAUGAUAAGCAUCUACACUCUAAACAAAUUGCUAGAAAUUUGACAAACGCGUAUGGACUCCCAAAUUAUUUGAUUUUAUUCCCUCCAAUAAAUCCAUCAAUCUUUUCUCUCUCUCUCAAUUUAUUUUUUCCUAAGAAAAUGGAGGCAUCAUUCGUAUCUAGAGCAAAAACUGCCUUCCAUUCAGCAGCUGCUAAAGCGGAGAAAGUUUUCACUGAUAUCAAAAAAUCUGAUCUCAUCAACGAUCCAGAUUUGGAUAAACAAUUGCCGGCGACGUCAACGAGUGAGAUUAUUACAGACGAUGAGGACGAGUCUAAUAAGGACGGAAAGAAUUCAAAGUGGAGACCUCCACCAAUAAAGGCAAAGCAGGACUGGCAGGAGAGGUUUAAGAACAUAAGAAUAGGCAAAAGAGGAACUGAGAGCACUGAUAAAGCUGAAAGUCCACAAAUGGCAUAUGCAAUUUUUGAUGAAAAUAUUUGCUUCACGAGUGAGAGAGAAUUACCUGAUUCAAAGGACUCUGAAUCAGGUUCGGCAACGGAAGAGUCAAACCUUUGGGACAGAGAUGUCAUUCCUCCAGCCGCUGUCAUGAAGCAAUUAGCUGUAGCUGUUGAGGCUGGAAAGAGGUGUAUUACAAUGAAAGACUUCCUAGCUUCAUCCAGAGGCUCCUCACCCAUGGAGAGGGCUAGCUUAAGCUUAUCAGCAGUGAAGUCAUUAGUGCUACGUGAUAAAGAUGACAAAUUUGCGGGUGAAUUUGGUGCAGAUGACAAAGUUUUGGCUCUUAUCAAUUUACUGCUAGAUGCAGAAGGACAUUUUCCUGGAAGGAAGGUAGAUUCUGCGAAUGCUUCAUCUUUGCCUAAGGAUAUUCAUGGUGCUCCUCCUGAGAGUUUUAUCGUUAAGCUUGCUGAUGUAACUGGACGUAUGAAAUCACUGCGGAAAAUGGCAUUAUUAUGGUGCAAAAUUGUUGCAGAAUUGAGGAGGCUGUGGUCUGAAGGACAAUAUAUCCCUGGCAUUCCUCCAGAUCAAAUUCCAGACCUAAAUUCGUGUCUUUUGUAUCAGCAAUUCCAGGUCAUUAACCGUUGCAUUUCCAGAAAAAAUCGACGCAUUGCAGCCACUGAAUCGUUGGAUUCGGUUGUCAGGCUAGCAAGUUCAAAUAAUGAUGUUCAUGUUGAUGAGGGCACUCUUCCUGCAACUCCCGUCUUGUACGCUAAAGUUAGCACAGGAGAAUUAAUUCUUCGGUUAGGAGUCGAUAGACGAUCUGAUUUAACAAUGCUGGAAACAGGUGAACCUAUAUACACGCCAGUGAUGCAGGAAGAACCUUUGCUAACAGAAGAUCUAAUCAAAGAAACAGAGGAGCUGGUGCUCCGAACAGGGAGUCUUGGAGCUGGGUGCUCUCAACUCCUGUCUGACAUGCAGGCUUUCAAGGCAGCAAACCCUGGGUGUAUAUUAGAAGAUUUCAUUAGAUGGCAUUCUCCUCCUGAUUGGAUGGAAUAUGAUGCAAAUGAUGAAAUUAAUGAAACCCUUGAUGCUAAUGACUCAUUGCCUGGAAGAGGCCAACUGAGUAGUCGAAUGCAGAAAGAAGGCAACUUGUGGCGCGAACUAUGGGAAACUGCAAAGCCACUGCCGGCUGUUAGACAAACUCCACUAUUUGAUGAGGAUUUGGCUGUGGAAAGUAUUCUGGAUAACUUAGAGGAUAUAUCGCCACAUGAGCUUUUCAAGCAGCUGUUUAUGUCUCUUCUGGGAUCAGGAUUUGUAGCUGCUGAAGCCACCCUUUCCAACAACUCAAAUUUAUCAAAGCUGUUCUGCGAUUGUAAAGAAUAUGUCAUUGUCACCUGUCAAAGAAGCAACUGGGUUGAGAAACUUGACGAGUUGUGCCAGGUCUACGAGACUGUAGAGACAAUGGUACUCAGUCCAGAUGAAGUCAUAAGGAUCACAUUUCAACCUGAAGAACCUACUGCUGUGCCCGCAAAUGAAUUAAAAAGUCGAUUCAAAAGGCUCAGUCUCAUUUUUGGUAACAAGGAUAAACCAUCACCGCAAGGCCAAAAGAACCAGGAGGAGAGUCCGUUACGCCAACCAUUCUCAUCGAUGUUUUCAAAGAAACCUCCCAAGCCUGGAAGUUCAUCUCCAGCUGAUAAACCUGUUACACCCGUUGAAAAUGACUGGACAAUUGUAUAAGAAGUGUUUUUUGUUCAUUAUGCAACUGUAAAUUCAUGUUACUAGUUUAGGCACAGAGACCCGAUGAAUAUCCCUACAUUGUGAGUUUCAGCUGAUGCUGGUGACGAAACGGUUAAUGUAAGAUUCUAUCAAAGAUUCUAGUGUAUCUGAUAUGAUGGGAGUCAUUUUUCAUGAAAAACAUUUUUCGGAAAUAUGUUUUUCAUGGAAAAACA